AGAAAGCAACAGUUAGAGGAAUCAAACAUGGCUAUUGAAUUAGAGAAAGGGUCAUCAUCUCAAGAAAAAUAUGGCAAGGUUCAAUUGGCAAUAAGGAUGUUGGUGCUGGUUCUGUUUCUGGGUUGGAUUUUCAUUUGGAUAAUGACCCCCACAAAAACUUACAAACAAACAUGGAAGCCUCAACUUCUAGCUAAGACUAGCUCUACCUAUUUUGGUGUACAAGGUACAAGACUUUUGCUUUACACUUUUCCAGUUUUGUUCAUAGCUGUUUUGGGAUGUGUCUACCUCCAUAUAGCCAAAAAAGCAAACGGUUUCAACUUGCAAAGCUGCAGUUAUGUCAAGAAAUGUAGAAGGAAUCGUCCGGUACUAGUGAGAGGCCCUCUUGGCAUAGUCUCUGACACAGAACUGGCCUUUUUGUUUCUCUUCAUUGCACUCCUAGUUUGGUCCUUUUCAAAUUAUCUGCACAACGGAUUUGCUAAAAUCACCCCGAAAUAUGCAAAAGAACAAGGCGAGAAAGUAUGGGAGAAGAAACUAGAUGUUGCAGCUGAGAUGUUGGGCGUAGUUGGGAACAUUUGUUUGGCAUUCCUGUUUUUUCCGGUAACUCGUGGCUCCUCCGUGUUGCCAUUGCUUGGACUCACAUCAGAGAGUUGCACCAAGUACCAUAUUUGGCUGGGAAACAUUGCCAUGACCCUCUUCACUGCUCAUGGUGUUUGUUACAUCAUCAAUUGGGCAGUUACUGAUCAACUUUGGAAGAUGCUAGAAUGGAAAAAGACUGGGAUAUCAAAUAUUGCAGGAGAGUUAGCUUUGCUUGCUGGUGUGAUCAUGUGGGCUGCAACCAUCCCUCGCAUUCGGCGAAAACUGUUCGAGCUCUUCUUCUACACUCACUACCUUUACAUCAUCUUCAUUGUCUUCUUCAUCUUCCAUGUGGGCAUCUCUUUCACAUGCAUGAUGCUCCCUGGUUUCUUCCUCUUCUUAAUUGAUCGUUACCUUAGAUUUUUGCAAUCUAGACGCCAAGUUCGUUUGGUUUCUGCUAGAGUGUUGCCAUGUGAAACAGUUGAACUCAACUUCUCUAAGAACCAUGGUCUAAGUUAUAAUCCAACAAGUAUUAUGUUCAUAAAUAUUCCAAGCAUAUCCAAGCUACAAUGGCAUCCAUUUACCAUUACUUCUAAUAGUAAUUUGGAGCCAGAAAAGCUGAGUGUUGCCAUCAAAAGUGAAGGAACAUGGUCCCAUAAACUCUACCAGAUGCUUUCAACAUCUUCUGCAGCAGAUCAUCUCAACGUCUCUGUUGAAGGUCCUUAUGGACCUGCAUCAACAAAUUAUCUCAGGUAUGACACUCUAGUGAUGGUUAGUGGAGGGACUGGAAUAACUCCAUUCAUCUCAAUCAUCAAGGAGCUAAUGCAUUUGAGCACAACAUUCAGAUACACAACCCCAAAAGUGAUACUGAUUUGUGCUUUCAAGUACACUUCAGGUCUCUCAAUGUUUGAUCUCAUCCUUCCAAAUUCUAGCACCCCCUGUGACAUUUCUAACAUGAAACUACAGAUUGAGGCCUACAUCACAAGAAAGAGUGAGCCUAAAUUGAAUAGCCCAAUGAACCUUCAACAAAUAUGGUUCAAGCCUAAUGCAAGAGAUGCACCAAUAUCUUCUAUCUUAGGACCAAAUAGUUGGCUAUGGCUAUGUGCUAUAAUCUCUUCCUCUUUCAUAAUUUUCCUUAUCUUAAUUGGGGUCAUUACCCAUUACUUCAUUUUCCCUGUGGAUCAUAAUUCAAACAAAAUAUUUUCAUACCCUCUGAAGUCUUUCCUCAAUAUGUCAACAAUGUUUGUGUCCAUAGCCAUGGCUGCUAGUGCAGCUGUUCUAUGGAACAAGAAACACAAUGACAAAGAAGAAGAGCAGAUUCAGAACUUGGAGGCAGCAUCAGUGUCCACAAUGUUUAAGAUUCAUGAAAUAGAUAGAGAAUUGGAAAGCCUACCACUUCAACAAUUUGCUCAAGUUACAAAUGUGCAUUAUGGUGUAAGACCUGAUCUAAGAAGACUAAUAUCUGAACUGAAUGGGUCAACUGUGGGAGUUCUUGCUUCUGGGCCCAAGAAAAUGAGACAGGAGGUUGCAGCCAUUUGCUCAUCUGGUUCAGCUGAAAAUCUGCAUUUUGAGUCCUUAAGCUUUACGUGGUAAUUUAACUCGAUCCGUCGCAAAAGGCGUCAAACAUUGAUGCUUCACUUCCGUCUAGCUACUUGGAGCUGGUGGAGUAGGAAUCUCUCAUGUCACAUGAUAAUGUCUUGUGAAAUUGUGUAUGAAAAAAGAAAGAAAAUUUACAUAACAAUAUCAUAUGGAGUAUCCAAAAUGAGAGGAUCGUGAUCGAGAAGCCAAUAGCCUUGGCUAGUUUAUAUGUAAUAGUGUUGUUGUCAUCAAUCAUCGUAUUAGAUGUAACACGUUAUCCAACAAUACUUAGGUCCUAAUCACUUGUUGAUAUUAACACCACAAAGUUACUGCUUCUAACUUUC